GAGAUGAACGAGUGACGAGGGGCUCGGGUCGCGUCGUAUGAGAGCAGCGUCCUUGGUGCUGUUACCGAGAGUCGUGGCGAGGCGAAUUAGAUGUCGUCUAACAAAGAAUACGUCGAAACGAGGGUGAACCGCUGAUGCAAGAGGCGAGCGCGUCGGGGGUCAGGAGGGCGCCACAGUCCGCCAGGUGACCCUGGAGGAAAAAUGCAGACAAAGCACAGAAAAAAGAAGGACGCUGGUGAUGUUCCAGAUCGGCCUAGCCAACGGCCCGAGGUCUAUGGGUCUCGAAAGGGGCUCGAGGAUAUAGCGAGAGGCGGAGGGAUUGAGUAGAGGGAGGGAGUAGGGGAGAGAGGAAGAAGAACGAGGGAACAGGUUCGAUGGUGUAGGGCUGGGGAAUUCAAGGCGCCAUGACAUGGGAUGGGAUGGGGAUGGGUUGGGAUGGAUCCAUCCAUCAUCAUGGGGAUUGGGGGUGUGAAGAGAGAUCCAUUCAUGGGGAUGGGAUGGAACUGCGACGCGCUGCACCUCAAACCUCCAGCACGGUGGGCGAGCCCGCUACGGGCGCUGAAGCCGCUAUAAGCCUGCGGGCCGGGCAUAAGCUCACUGCGCUUAAAGCCCGAACGCUCGCCACGCCGGGCGCUGGUUGGCCUCCGGACACACAGCUGCACCCCGACCCCUGGUUCGGCGCUGGGCCCGGAUGGCUGCUAGCUGGCCGCCCUGGCAGCGACCACUGGGGACCGGUGCUAUUUUUGACGGGCUCACGGGGGACCCGCUCCAGAGGACUCCAGCGGUCUUGUGGCGCCAGUCAGCGUUGCGGCUGGCCACAAUGGGAGACGGCGCUGAGAGUCCGCAUCGUCCCCUAUCUGCUGGCAGCAGGACCACCAACCCCUGCAUCUGCUCGCCCGCCAAAUGUGGGAUGUGGCGGCGUGGGGUCUUCGCGUGUGGCCCAGUCUUUGACCCUCCCUUUUAGCUGGCUCGCACGACAUGUUCCAAGAUACGGGAGUCAGUCUUCUUCUUCGUCCCUCUUCGUCGUUCGGUCCAAGGACGAAACGCCAGGGCACGCUACGGCAAGAACUGUAGCCGACAGCCAGGGUGGUGACUUGAAGGAUCCAACGGCUGACGGGCUCAUCCAAGCCGCAUUGAACGACAAUUCCAUGGCUGCUGAUGACAGCAAUGCUAAAUAA